AUGCUUAGCCGACUCAAUCUCCUUACUAGACACCUUUCCCGUCCUUUUGGUCAAUCCCGUCCCUCCAUCUCCGCGCUGUCAACCCCAUCCCUGGCCCCUCGCCCAGUUCCGUCCGCGAUGACAUCAGCCGCUCACGCAAAGCCCAUUCACACGGCAGCAUGCCUCAUCAUUGGCGAUGAGGUUCUCGGUGGAAAGACCAUCGACACCAACUCGCCGUACCUAGCCAAGUUCUGUUUCUCGUUGGGAAUGCAACUGCAAAGAGUCGAGGUCAUCCCAGAUGAUGAAGAUGAUAUCAUGGAGGCAGUACGACGCAUGAGUUCUCGAUACGACUUCGUCGUCACAAGUGGCGGCAUCGGCCCUACUCACGAUGAUAUCACAUACUCCUCCAUCGCCAAGGCAUUCGACUUGAAGCUGCAACUUCACCAGCCAGCCUUCGAGCGCAUGAAACGCCUGUCCAAGCCACACCCCAUGCAGCGUAACUUCGAUUGGGAUACGCCAUCCCCCGGUUUGACUGCCAAGUUGCGCAUGGUUGAACUCCCCUUCGACCCUAAGCUGCCUGCUGAGUCCCAAGCUGUUUUCGUCGCCGACGACUUGUGGGUGCCAGUCGCGGUGGUGAACGGCAAUGUGCAUAUCCUGCCGGGUGUCCCACGGCUAUUCGAGCGCCUACUGGACAACCUUAAGCCUUCUCUGAUUCCUCGUCUCACGGACCCCGAGGGCAAGGGCACGUUCCGGUUCCUGUUCAGCACGCCGAUGCCGGAGAGCGCUGUCGCGCCGUACUUGACUGAGCUUGCAGCCAAGGUUCAGCCCCACGGAAUCAAGGUUGGUAGCUACCCGCGCUGGGGAAAGAAGCGUAACACCGUGACCCUGGUGGGUGCCGACAAGGCUCUACUUGAGUCACUGGUUAAGGAAGUUGAGGAAAACGUGGAGGGCAAGCUUGUCACCAAGGAAGACGAGCUGGAUCCUCCUUCCGACUCUGAACAGGUCUACAGCCAGUAG